UGUUGUUGCUGGUGACCGAUACAAGUUUAUAUUGAAUUUAAAAGAUCGAGACGGAACCAUGUGUGAUAACAAUAUUAUACGUCAUAAGUUGGAUGAGGAUGGUUACCUGGUACUGGAAGAUUUUCUCAGGCCAGCAGAAUGUGAUGAACUAAAAGCCGCAGGAGAGGAGCUCACUCAAAACCUCCCCGAUGAAGGACAAAAAUCACUGUUCUCUACAAAAGAGACGGGUAAACAGCAAUUACGAGACAAAUACUUUCUGGAGAGUAACGACAAUAUCAGUUAUUUCUUCGAGGUAGACGCCUUAGAUUCUGAGGGAAAACUGACAGUGGACCCUAGCAUUGCAUUAAAUAAGGUCGGACAUGCACUGCAUCUUCAACACCAAAUCUUUAGGUGUUACACAUACAGCGACAGAGUCAAAAUGGUAUGCCGUCAAUUAGGAUUGAAAGAGCCAGCCGUCGUACAAAGCAUGUAUAUUUACAAAAACCCACGGUUGGGAGGAGAAGUUAUACCACAUCAAGACGCGACCUACCUGCAUACAGAACCUAUACCAGCAAUUGGCUUCUGGAUAGCUCUAGAGGAUGCUACAAUUCAAAAUGGAUGCCUCUGGAUGGCGAGAGGUAGCCACAAGUCGGGCGUUCAUCGUAGACUCACCCGCAACCCAAAUAAUGAUGACAAAGGAGCGCUUAUAUACGAUAGGCCCGAACCGGUAUAUCCCGAGUCUAGUUUCACGCCGGUUCCAGUCAGUAAAGGAACAUGUAUACUGAUUCACGGACAUGUUGUUCACAAGAGUGCUCACAAUAAAUCUGAUAAAAGCCGACACGCGUAUACUUUCCACGUCAUCGAGAAACAGAAUAAUCAGUACUCUCCUGAUAAUUGGCUGCAGGAAGGGCCAAAAGCGCCGUUCGUCAACGUUUAUACAACGCCACAGAUAGAAUAAUAUAGAUUGUAGGCAAAGCUCAGCUCAAUGCCAAAUUCAUUUGCGUACAAUACUGCAUUAAUGACAAUGUUCAUUAGUACAGAGCCACAAAAACAGUUUCAGCGAAGGAUUAUUGUUCAAACGAAAUUAUAAAAAUGAUAUUGCAAAUAACAAAAUACAGAUUGUUAGUAUGGCAAAUUACGAAAGUGAUCAGGUUAAUCAAGGUUCUUUUAUGACUAUUCAUAGACAUUUCUAGAUUGAUUAUAUAACUUUCUCCAGACUAUUAUAUCUAUCUGAAAAUAUAAGU